CCCCGAAACCUUUUACGCGCUUUAUAUCUCAGUCUCUGCCAGUCUGCCUUCUACGACCCGAUCACCGCUGCUCUCAGAUCGUACGGACCUCAUCUCCGCCGUCCAUUUCUUCCACCCAACUCACCCGAUCCUCCUCCACAAUCUCGAUCGCCAAAAAAACAGAGUCCGAUUCAGGUAAAAAGACCGAUUCUUUUCUCUGAAAAAUCUCGAUUCUGUAUAGCAAUGGCGCCCAGCACGAUUCGGAAGGCCAUCGGCGCCGUCAAGGACCAGACCAGCAUCAGCCUCGCGAAGGUCGCCGGGACCAUCGCGCCGGACCUGGAAGUCCUCGUCGUCAAGGCCACCACACACGACGAGGACCCCGCCGACGAGAAGUACAUCCGGGAGAUCGUCGGCCUGACGUCACACUCGCGUGGAUACGUGGCGGCGGCGGUGGCGGCGAUCUCGAGGAGGCUGAGCAAGACGCGCGACUGGACCGUGGCGCUGAAGGGGCUGAUGCUGGUGCACCGGCUGCUGAUCGACGGCGACCACGCGCUCUUCGAGGAGGAGAUUGCGCACGCGGCGAGGAGAGGAGUUAGGGUUUUGAACAUGGCGGGGUUUCGAGACGAGGCGCAUUCGAAUUCGUGGGAUCAUGGGGGUUUUGUGAGGAGCUAUGCUUUGUAUUUGGAUGCGAAGGUGGAGUUUGAGGUGGGGGAGAGGAGAUUGAGGGGUGUGGAUAACAGAAUUGAGGAGAAUGAGAAUGAGAGUGAGAGUGAGAAAGAGAGGAGGACUCCGGUGAGGGAGAUGAGGCCGGAGAGAGUGUUGGCGAGGCUGAGUGAUUUGUUGAUGGUUCUUGAUAGAGUUUUGGGGUGUAAGCCGAUGGGGAUGGCGAAGAGCAGUAGGUUGGUGAUUCUUUCGCUUUAUGGAGUUGUGGUGGAGAGUUUUAAGCUGUAUGUUGAGAUAUGCGAGGCGUUGGGGGUGUUGUUGGAUAGGUUUGGGGAGAUGGAGUAUGGGGACAGUGUUAAGGUGUUUGAUGUUUAUGUUAAUGCGGCGAAGGUGAUUGAUGAGCUGUUGUUGUUUUAUGGCUGGUGUAAGGAUAUGGGGAUUGCGAGGACGUCUGAGUAUCCGGAGGUGUUGAGGAUAACUGAUCGGUUGUUGGGGACACUGGAUGGUUACGUGAAGGAGAAGAAAGAUGGGCGGAAGAGUACUCCUGAGAGGGAGGAGCUGAAAGUGGAUAUGAAUGAGAUCAAGGCUCUUCCUGCGCCGGAGAGUUUUGCUCCUAGUCCUUCUCCACCGGCGUCUGUAGUGCAGCCUAAGCCGGCCUCACGGCCUCAGAGGGUGACUGAUGAGUUGGUAAAUUUGAGGGAUGAUGGUGUAACAGCUGACGAGCAAGGAAACAAGCUGGCUCUGGCAUUGUUCUCUGGACCUCCUACUACUAAUCUGAAUGGGUCCUGGGAAGCAUUCGAUACAGAUGGAGAGCCUGAAGUGACCUCGGUGUGGCAGACGCCGGCUGCUGAGAGUGGUAAAGCAGAUUGGGAGUUGGCAUUGGUUGAAACGGCUAGUAAUCUGUCGAAGCAGAAGGCUGAUUUGGCUGGUGGUUUUGAUCCAUUACUGUUGAAUGGAAUGUAUGAUCAAGGGACAGUGAGGCAGCAUGUGAACACCUCACAGUUGAGUGGUGGGAGUGCAAGUAGCGUGGCAAUGCCAUUGCCCCCAGGCAAAGGUUCGACGCCGGUGUUGGCCCUGCCCGCCCCGGAUGGGACAAUCCAAGCUGUGGGACAGCAAGAUCCUUUUGCUGCCUCCCUUGCUGUACCACCUCCUUCAUAUGUUCAAAUAGCCGACAUGGAGAGGAAGCAACACUUGCUUACACAGGAACAACUUCUUUGGCAACAAUACGGUAAAGAUGGGAUGCAAGGGCAAGUGAGUUUGGCCAAGCUCUCUGGCGGGUCUGGCUAUUAUGGUCCUCAACCAAUGAUGCCUUAUGGGAUGCCGCAGCUAGGAGGAUACUACUAUGCGCCCUAUUAAAAAAUUUCGCGGUCGUUCCUCUUCAUCACAGAUUGCUACAUAUAAGCCGCAAUGUAAAGAGAUACCUUGAUUUACUUCCUUUCUUUUGGGAAGAUUUUCUAUACUAUGGAGUAUAUGGACAGUAUAUGGAAUACUUGAAUAAUUUCAGGAAUGUGAGCAUUUUAAAGGGUUUAAACUUGCUGUGUUGUUUUAUCCAAUUUCUGAUUAUGGGUUA